AUGACAUACUCAAAUUACCAGAUGGUCGAGAAGAGAUUCCUGAUAUCUAGGCAACUGGCCCUAACCCAAACCCUUGGAUUUAUUGCAAACAACAACAUAUCAAGUCUAGUCAAAAACAUCCCAGAAUCACUCAUUGAAGAGUUGGUACCAGGAAAAGAAGUCAAUAUUCCAAUUCAGGACAUCAUCAAGCUUCAAGAUAACAACCUUGGAGAGAUAAUCCCACCAGCCUGGUUUUCCUUGGGAUACCUCAAAAAUGUUUUGGAGGAGGAAUCACAGACAUUGUGCUUAUCAGAGCUACCAUUGCCCUUCUAUUGGCAUGAGUUGUCCACACUACUGAUCAAGAUAAGACCCAAUAAUAUUGAGUCCUUGGAGCAGGUCACCAAAAUGGUUUCUAAACUCCACUAUACCAGAACAAAGAAGAUAAACUCCAUCGUCCAAGACAUACUUUUUAUCAAGUCACAAGAAUAUGGGACCGAAGAAAGGGAUCUAAACUUUGACCAAAUAUUUGAAGACUCUACAAUUUGUAACAUGACUAGUUCAGAUGAGGAUUCAUACUAUGCAGCCUUAUAUGUGAUACACCCAAAAACUAUGAAGGCUAUGGGAUGUAAAAUUCAAUAUUAA